AAGCUCUGCCUCAUCUGGCGAACGUAUUUCGUCUGCCUGGCCAACUCGAGUCGCGUUUGUCACGGAGUCCUGCAGUAUCACGCCACCAAGCAAAGCAUCGGCUCCUAUCUCAAGGAAUUCGGUUGCUCCGUUGUCGGGCCGAUAUUCGAACAACCUAAUUUCGUGCCCAACUCUAAACCGAUCGUCUGCACGUACCACGGCAGAGGCAGCAACGAUUCACUACUGAAUCCCAAGUACAGAGUGUGUGGCGUCUUUGGGGAUCCACAUCUAAGGACGUUCGGUCAGCAGUUCGAGACCUGUGGCAUUCUUGGGGCCUGGCCCAUGGUCGACAACGAACAUUACACCGUGCAAAUCACGGCAGAGGGUCAUAGGGGGGGCUCUAUCGUUACCAAGGCAACAGUAAUGAUAAAGAAAGACGAGGAAUGCGCCUCACCACACCACUACCUCCUCUACCAGGCCACUUCCAACGACCUGCCACCGACAUUCGAAGACGGGUCGACCUCGGCCGGGCCCCAGGACAGCGUCAAACUCACUCACGUGCAGUCAGGGCGUCACGUGACGAUCACAUUACGUCAUCUCGACGUCACGAUAUCGAUUAGGAAGAUUCUGAAUACGGUUUCGGUUUUUAUCAGGACUCACGACGAUUUCGUGCAGCAUGCCGGUAUCGGUAACCGCGAAUCGGUACAGCUCUGUUCGGUCGGAUGUCCUGGAAGUUUGAGAAUUGAUUUAACUUCACCAGAAAAAUUGUCAUCAAAAAAAUCAUCGCCAUCACUUUACCAAAAAUCAUCGUCGUCGUCGUCACCAACAACGACCGUGACAUUCAACGCAUCAUUGUACAUAUGCAAGUCACGCCACCCCCUACUCAGAGGAUACUUCCUGGAAAGUUGCGUUCAUGACGUCAUGAAGUCAGGUGACCCGGAAAUGACGGUCGUAUCGUACGUUGCGAUGAACGAG